CAAGUUUUUAUUCGUCCGUCCACCUUGAACCAAAUUCUAAUACAACGCAUGCCUAUAGGAACACCCUGGGGAUUAAAGUAUCUGGGGUCAUGGAUCGACCUAAGAUAUUCAGGAGAUUUAUUUCUUCACUAUACAAUGGCAAUGGCAAUUGCCUUUAUUCUAGGAGUUAACCAAGAGCUCUCUGCACGUCAUAUUGCUAAGUGAAUUCCCCCAAAUAUCAAAAGACAAAAAGCUAAUACUCACUGCAGGAACACACUAUGCCCUUAUACUU